GCUUUGGGCAUCACCCCGUCUAUGGUUUCGAUUCCUUUCGCGGAAUUGAUGAGGACUGGGGAACGUUUGACCGCUUUGAGUUCAGCACUGAAGGCCGGGUGCCACGAAACCUGCCACCUAAUGCGAAGCUGGUUGUUGGAUGGUACAACGACACCCUGCCGGCCUUUAUCCAGACCCACCUGAAUGGCAAUGCGAAAGUCCAGUGGCUCCACCUCGACUGUGAUACCUAUGGUGGCCAUCGUCUGGUGCUCAAACUGCUCGAGCCUUUCCUGGUGCCAGGGUCGCUGCUGAUCUUCGACGACAUCCUGAACUAUGCCGGCUACGAGGGCUACGCGCUGCAGGCUUUCUACGAAUUCGUUCAGGAGACGGGCUGGAGCUUCGAAGUCCUGGUGGCACCUUGGCGGGUGGAGUGGACAAUCUCAGAGAAGUCGGAGAGCCUCGGCCAAAGCUUUGGCGGUGGCUCAUUCGCUGCUCCUGACAUUUCGAAAGCAGCUAGCGGCUAA